AUGUUGUUCAAGCUUGCUAUCGUUGUCUUUGCCUUUGCCAUGCUCGUCAACAGCUCGCCUAUGCCUGACGACGGCACUCCAGCCGCUUCGGACGACAAGCCAGAUGGAUGCCAAGUCUCGACCGCGCAAAGUUACGUCAAUUGCAACCAAAGCGACAAGCAGUAA